AUGUCUUUUUCAUUUGGUACCACUUCAAAUCAAAAUAAGCCUGCAACCACAGGAUUUAAUUUCGGUACCACAAAUAACACUGGAACAACAGGAGGUACUUCAACUGGAUUUAACUUCGGAGCACCAACAACAACAGCUAACACACAACCAACAACAGGAUUUAACUUUGGUACAACCAAUACACAACCAACUCAGCCAACAACUGGAACAACAGGAUCAACUGGAUUUAAUUUUGGUACAACAGGUACAGCAACAAAUACACAACCAACUCAGCCAACAACCGGAUUUAAUUUUGGUACUACAAACACUGUUGCUAAUACAAAUACUGGAUUUAAUUUAGGAACUCCUACAAAUAAUCCAAUUGAUAAUAGUUUCAAAAUUAUUGAAUUAAAGUAUAAAUCUUCCACUGAUACUCCUGACAAUCCAUAUUGUAAAUUUAUUCAUUUCUUUUAUAAUGUAGUUGAUGAUGGGAAGCAACAAGCAACUUUAGAAGCCUUGACGAGAAAAUAUGCUAGAUCUAUUAACCCAGAAUUAUGGAGACAAGCUAUGGAAAAAAACCCAGAUCCGUCUAGAUUAGUUCCAAUACCUGCAACAUCUUUUAAAGAUGUCAAAGACCGUGUGGAAAAACAACAAAAGAGAAUUGAAUUAAUGAACGAUUUUUUGAAAGUAUUGGAUUCUAAAAUUUCUGAAUGCAAAACUAAACAUGAAGCUGAUACUAUGAGUAGAAUUGGUGGUAUUAAACAAAGACAUACUGAUCUAUCCCAUAGAAUUCUUAAAAUUCAAAGCAAACUCGAGGUAUUGACACAAUCAGGUAUUGGUAUUAGAAAUGAAGACAUUUCAUUGAGAAACAAAUUAAAUACCUUACAAAGAGAAUUACACAAACCAAAUCAAUUUAGAGGAAGACUUAUUGAAUUAUCUCCUCAAGUCAAUUACUAUUUACAACAAUCUAACUUGUUACUGAAUAAUAAUACUUUAGAUGAUGAAACUAAAGAAAAUGUAAAGAACUUUUUGGAACAACAAACAAAUGGAUUAAAUGAGUUAUUGUCCAUAUUGAAGAAGGAUAUUAAGGAUAUUAAUUAUAUCAAGCAACAAGUAUCUGCAGAUAAACAAAAACGCUCAAUAAAUUAUUAA